GCCUCCAGCAAUCGCCUGCGCCGCAGUUCCAACCUUCCGCCGGGGAGGACCCCCCUCCUCCUCCUCCUCCUCCCCCGGUCCGUCCGGCGCGCUGCCUGCAAAAACAACAAGCCUCCCUCCCUCACACGGCGCAGGUUCUCCUCGGCCCGGUCGGUGGGGCCGCCGCCGCCUCCGCCGUCGUCCGGUGGGGCCAAGGCCGGGCAGCAGGGGCCUGGGGUGGCCGGGCGGAAGAGGCGAUGGACCAGUGCGUGACGGUGGAGCGCGAGCUGGAGAAGGUGCUGCAGAAGUUCUCGGGCUACGGGCAGCUGUGCGAGCGGAGCCUGGAGGAGCUGAUCCAGUACGUGGCGGGGCUGCGCCGGGAGAUCCUCCAGAGCGAGAGUAUGUCCGUAAGAACCAGGCGCUUGCCUUUUCUCUAAGCAGCAGGCAGGCAGGAAUCCGGCAGGUGAAGCUUUCCUUACUCCCCCCCAAUAUCCCACUGAAACUGAAUUUUUUAAAUAUAAUUUUUUAUUAGUUUUUUUUUAACAUAUCGUUUUCAACAGUAAUUAAACAUACUUUUACAUCUUAUUCAAAUUUUUGACUUCCAUUUUUGACAUCUGAUUCGAAUUUUUGACUGUCUGAAAACUGAAUUUCGACUCCCUUUGAGGAAAGUGCCUGCCACAGAGUUUUCCGACAUCGCUUUGGGCGCUUUGUUGUUGUUCUUUGGGGGGAAAUACAGUGGUACCUCGGGUUAAGUACUUAAUUGAUUCCGGAGGUCGGUACUUAACCUGAAACUGUUCUGAACCUGAAGCACCACUUUAGCUAAUGGGGCCUCCUGCUGCUGCCGCGCCGUCGGAGCACAAUUUCUGUUCUCAUCCUGAAGCAAAGUUCUUAACCCAAGGUACUAUUUCUGGGUUAGCGGAGUCUGUAACCUGAAGGUACCACUGUAUUACAUUACAGUGCCAGAUUUAGGUAUGUAUAAGUUAAAGAAGGUAUAGUUUAGGGCCCCACUCUCUUGGCGCCCCCCCCCAAAUUAAAGGAUAAACAACAACCUGGAUGCGGGUGGCGCUGUGGGUUAAACCACAGAGCCUAGGACUUGCCGAUCAGAAGGUCGGCAGUUCGAAUUCCCAUAAUGGGGUGAGCUCCCGUUGCUCGGUCCCUGCUCCUGCCAACCUAGCAGUUCAAAAGCACGUCAAAGUGCAAGUAGAUAAAUAGGUACCGCUCCGGUGGGAAGGUAAACGGCGUUUCCGUGCACUGCUGUAGUUCGCCAGAAGCGGCUCAGUCAUGCUGGCCACAUGACCUGGAAGCUGUAAGCCAGCUCCCUCGGCCCAUAAAGCGAGAUGAGCGCCGCAACCCCAGAGUCGGUCACGACUGGACCUAAUGGUUAGGGGUCCCUUUACCUUUUACUACAUUAUAGUGGCGGAUUUACGUACGUAUAAGUUAAAGAAGGUAUAGUUUAGGGCCCCACUCUCUUGGCGCCCCCCCAAAUUAAAGGAUAAACAACAACCUGGAUGUACAUUUCCUAAAUACAAGAUAAAAAGCAAAUAAAAUAAAAACCUACACACAGCAACAGUAUUUUGUGUUGUGUAUGGACCUAUUAGGUCCAUAAAUUACCAUGCAGCAUAUAUUCAACACAAAACAACAGCGACAAUUUGUUGUUGACAAAGGACAGCUGUUUAUAUAAAGGGCCCCAUUAGCUUCAAGAGCUUAGGGCCUCAUCAAACCUAAAUCGGGCCCAGCGCACAUAUCAUGCAAGGGGAAAGAAACCCUGUAAGUCUACUUGAAGGAAAGCUUCCAACUGCCGGAUUUCUGGGUGUAUUUUUUUUUUUAAUAUGUGUCAAAUUGUUUUUUGGGGGAGGGGGGAUACCCUACGACUCUACGUGAAGGAAAACUUCCAACUGCCAGGCUGUUGUUAAGAAAACUAUGGUAACUCUGUGCUUGUCUCAGUUUCCCUUCCCACCGCCUCACAAUAUCACUUUUAUCCUUGUCUGGUCAGCUCUCGCGUAGUCUGCCUCUUGUUUUGAGACACCAUUCAGUUCCCUAUGAUCCGGCUUGUUUCCUAGAUGGGUAUGUGGGGUGUUAGGGGAGGGGUAGUACGUCUGGUGGGGCAGACGUUGUGCUCCCUCUGGGGUAGUUUGUUCACCUUUUGUCGCUACCCUGCUCUCAGCUCUCACCUGUGGCUCCUAGAAAAUGUCAGCAUUUGACAGCGAUCACACUCCGGGAACAGCUUCAACUAGUCAACUAAACCAGGUGAGGGUUGCUUAUGGGUCUCGAACCCUUGGUGAGUUAGGGACUUCCCCAAGAUGUAAAGACAGGCACCUGCAGAUUGAGUGGACGAGACCAAUCGUGGGUCCGAUGGUCAAGAAAGUGGUUUCUGCACGUGAGGGGCAGAUGGCUUGUCAACCUAUGAAAGUAGCCCUUCUAGGAGAAGGAAAACUCUUACCCAGGUGUCAGCAAACUUUUUCAGCAAGGGGCCGGUCCACUGUCCCUCAGACCUUGUGGGGGGGCCGGACUAUAUUGGGGGGGAUGAACGAAUUCCUAUGCCCCACAAAUAACCCAGAGAUGCAUUUUAAAUAAAAGCACACAUUCUGCUCAUGUAAAAACACCAGGCAGGCCCCACAAAUAACCCAGAGAUGCAUUUUAAAUAAAAGGACACAUUCUACUCAUGUAAAAAACAUGCUGAUUCCUGGACUGUCCGUGGGCCGGAUUGAGAAGGCGAUGGGGCCAGAUCCAGCCCCUGGGCCUUAGUUUGCCUACCCAUGCUCUUACCCUAAACCUCCACUGCCUUGCGGGACAUCUUUGGGAGAAGAAAAGGCUAAGGACUAAACCCUACACAAAUCUGGAGUGGAAUCCCUAAGACAGUUGGAUGGCGUCUUGUAUGCCUCCUUCCGUCGACUCCUGCAGCCAAGCUGGUGCCAAAUGUAUUGCUCUGCUUUUCUUUGGACUACAUCAGCAAGGCCAAGAGGAGGGUCUUGUCGUCUAAGCAAAGCAGUUUGACUUCACCACUGGAGGCACACUCCAGUGUCUCUUGAGAGAGACAAAUAUCAGCAACUGCAACAACUGAUUGUAGACACAUAUUUUUUUUGUCCCCUGAGAACGGUAUGCUCCAUGUGGCCUUAGUUUCCCUGUGUCAAAGGGCUGGGGUCUGUUACAGAGGGUGUUUUUAUGUUCUCUUGUCUUCCUGCUGGGCUGGCUUGCUUGCUUGGUUGUGUGGAACAUACAGUUUGUAUGUAACUAGAGAGGAAGGAUCUCUUUCUCCCUUCUCUGCGCCCCCUCCCCAAAGGUUGCAAGAGAGAGGGAGGUUCAGAAACAGACAUGGCAAACCCUGUAGUAUUAAUUUGCCAGGAUGUGAUUCAUGGGUCUGAUGAGCAUCGUCUGACAAAUUCUGCACUCUUGGCAUCAGCUACUUUACCUGAAGGGCCACUUUGAGAAGUGAGUAUGGGGUGGUGUCCCUUCACCUCAACUUCCAGUUGCUUGUUUGCAGUUUGUAAUUUUUCUUAUAUGCAUCUCUUCUUGAGUCUUUCACCUUCGGUCUGUCUGCUGGAAGGCCUCUCGGCUACUAGCCCCUAUUCUGCCUAAAGAUUUAGAUGAAUUUGAAAAAGGCAGUGGCGAGACUGACUUGCCUCCUUUGGAUACAAUUGUUCAUAUUUAUUUAUUUAUAAGAAAUAUUUAUAUACAACUAGUUCAUAAAAAUAUACCACAGUUCAGAACAGUAUGAAAAGAACCAAACCAAACAAUAACAUGAUGAGUUAAAAAUAAGUUAAAAACAAAAAGAAAUUAAUAUCAAGCACAAGUAGACCAUUGUAGGGAAUGUACUCUUAUUUGCCUGGUGGAAUAGUUUUCCUUAGGCAUUUAAAAGUUGACAUAGAAGGCACUCACUGAAUCCCUGUUCUCAUUGUGUUCCACAAGUCUUGGGCCAGUGACACUGAAAACUUGAUUUCUCAUUGUUGUCAAACGAGCCUCACCAACUUGGGGAAUUGAAAGAGAUGAUGUGGACAAAACUACUGCUGCUGUAUUUUGGGAAAUGAUUUUCUAACAACUAUAAUUAAGUAGCUAACUAUCAGCAUGGCUUUCUUGUAUUAUAUGGAGGAGGAGUUUUCCCUCUUCCCAGACGCAAGUGCUUGGCUUUGUUAUUGACUGAGCAAAAAGAGCUAACUUAAUUUGCUUACAGAGUUUUGAAAGAUAAAGGGCUUUAGUUUUGAGAUGCAGGAGGCGAUGUUUUGUUUUGACAUCUCAGGACUGGGCAGUGAUUAAUCUAUCUUGUCCUCCUUGGCCUCUUGUAAUGAGUAAAAAAAAAGGAAGCCUUAAUCUAUUUCCACACCGGCAGGUAAGUUUACUCUUUCACACUGAGUAAUAAUGGCAUUAAUCAUUGGUGGCUCCUAAAUGAACAUCCCAUAGAGCAAAUGUAAACAAAGUUUACAAUAACAAGUUUGCUGACUUUCCUAUACCUGCGGUCUAAUGUGCAACUGAACACACACACACACACACACACACACACACACACACACACAGAGUCUGUUGAAAUGAUGAGGCCAUAUGUGUAAUUCUGUGCCAGAUUUCAGUGAGGCUAUUUAGGAGUAAGCAUUUUAUUUGGAAAUACUGUUUUUAUUGGCACUUCCUCCCAAGUAAAUAUGUUUAGACUGGGAUUAAGCUGGGUGUUUAUUUAAAAAGGGAACGUAUAAAAGUUAUCAUUGAAGGCUGACAAAAGAGAACUCGCAACUUGGAACUGGGUCAUAAUGUGACUGUCGCAAAUGUUGGAGCAUGGGUAGGCAAACUAAAGCCCGGGGGCCGGAUCUGGCUCAAUUGCAUUCUAAAUCUGGCCCAUGGAACAGUCCGGGAAUAAGCUUGUUUUUACAUGAGUAGAAUGUGUGCUUUUAUUUAAAAUGCAUCUCUGGGUUAUUUGUGGGGCAUAGGAAUUCGUUCAUUCCCCCCCCCCCAAAAAUAUAGUCUGGCCCCCCACAAGGUCUGAGGGACAGUGGACCGGCCCCUUGCUGAAAAAGUUUGCUAACCCCUGUGUUAGAGAGUACAACUUGAUGACAUUCUCACGGGGGCAGGAAUUGCAUGGUGGCACCAGUUUUAUGAAUGGUCAGUUCCAUGUUGGGCCUGUUGACGUAACCCGUGCUGUUUUCAUUGUUGAAAGCUGAGAGCUGUGGUCAUUUGACACAAAGAGACUAGUGAGUCACGGGGCAUUUAGACAUCUGAACAAAGGAUAAAUCUCCUUGAGGCUUGUAGAUUUUUGUAGCUAAAUGAGAAGAUAGAGGGAAUUAUUUAUUCAGUAUCUCAGUAAAUUUAAAGGCAGGUACACCGCUGCGUCUUGAUUAGACAGUGAAACAUAGUUCUGCGUUUAUGUGGCAGAGAAAACAGUUAAAGGGAAUGGUUUGCUGGAGCAUGGAAGUGGCUCUUCUGAAGCGGUGCUUGAGGAACUGGACACUACAGAUAAACAUGGAGAUAAAUCAGAACUGGUGGACCAGUUUCUCCUUCCCUCUUUUCAAAUACCAGACUGGAUGCUAGCACUUGAGAUUUUUCUAGCUUCUGUAGUACUCUGACUAGCUUAGCUCCAUGUUGUUGUUUAGUCGUUUAGUCGUGUCCAACUCUUCGUGACCCCAUGGACCAGAGCACACCAGGCACUCCUGUCUUCCACUGCCUCCCGCAGUUUGGUCAAACUCAUGUUGGUAGCUUCGAGAACACUGUCCAACCAUCUCAUCCUCUGUGUCCCCUUCUCCUUGUGCCCUCCAUCUUUCCCAACAUCAGGGUCUUUUCCAGGGGUCUUCUCUUCUCAUGAGGUGGCCAAAGUAUUGGAGUCUCAGCUUCAGGAUCUGUCCUUCCAGUGAGCACUCAGGGCUGAUUUCCUUCAGAAUGGAGAGGUUUGAUCUUCUUGCAGUCCAUGGGACUCUCAAGAGUCUCCUCCAGCACCAUAAUUCAAAAGCAUCAAUUCUUCAGCGAUCAGCCUUCUUUAUGGUCCAGCUCUCACUUCCAUACAUCACUACUAGGAAAACCAUAGCAGCUUAGCUCCCUAGUUUUCCACAAUUGCAUUAAUUUUUUUAUUUCUUGCAAGUUUCAGAAACUGUUGUGCCUUGAGGUUUGAAAAUGGAGGGUAGAGUUCAAGAAGUGAAUGCUGUUCUUCAUUUUAGAGAGGAGGUAAACAAAGUCUGCCUUCUCCUGGGAUGCACCAUAGGCCAGGGGACUGCUCGGUCUGACACAGCUUCUGCAGAUACUUGAGCUUGCAGCGCUUCUACUUGCCUCGCCAGAGAGAAGAGACCAGGGGAUUAAUAAAGGGGUGAAGUCUCCGAUUCUUCCCUCCUAUUCAUCAACGCAAGUGGCAGCUGUUCUUCUGAACUGAGCCUGCGUGUUUCUCUGGAGAAGGACUUCCUGGACCUUGCUUGGGGAGUGAGUGUGUGCCUUGCUGUGCAGGCAAAUGGAAGUUGGUAGCAUAGUGCCACACUUGUUUUAUAUAUGCAGUGGUACCUUGGUUCUCAAACAGCCUAGUUCACGAACAACUUAGAACCCGAACGUCGCAAACCCGGAAGUGAGCGUUCCAGUUCUCGAAUUUUUUUUGGAAGUCGAACGUGUCCUGAGUCCUGAGCUUCCGUUUUUAGUGUUGCGCUUCCGUUUUUAGAGAGAUCGUGCUGAUUGGGCCGAUGAGGAGAAAUCCCGGCAGUGCUCUGUGGUCCAGGCACUUUGACGAGAGAGAGAUCAAGAGAGAAAGAGAUCUCGAAAGAUCACGCUGAUUGGGGCGGUGGGGAGAAGCGUUUUAGGGGUAGUUUUUCAACAGCCUGGAAUGGAUUAAUCCAUUUUGCAUUACUUUCUAUGGGAAAACAUGCCUUGGUUUGGAAUGUUUAGGUUUUGGAACGGACUUCCGGAAUGGAUUAAGUUCGAGAACCAAGGUACCAGUGUAUAUAUAAAAGCAGCAGUUGCCUCAAAAGACAGUACAUAUGGGAUAAAUAGGCUUUCAUAGACCCAUAUCUCUGUUUUUCAGAGGAUGCCGCUGGUAUUUCCACCACAAAACUGUGUGGCUUCCCUCUCCGAGUUAGGCAUUUUUAAAUGUCAUAUUAGCCUAAGAUUUCCAAAUACAGUGUAACCUCGGUUUUCAAGGUUUCGAAUUGUUCGGCAGCCAAACGCUGAAAACCCGGAAGUGAAUGCUUCUGUUUUCGAACAAGCCUUGGAAAUUGAACAGCUUCCAUGGUGCAUUUUUCCAUUUUAACCAUUCACUUCGCCGACAGCCCUUUGAUUUUUGUUUUUCAAACGGACUAAGUUUGAAAACCGAGGUUCCACUGUAUUCACUCUUGUUUUAGCUGCCCCCCCAGUAUGGUUCUGCUAAAUGUAAUUUUCCUAAUUAAAGGCAGAAUUGCCACUGAAUUUUUGUGCUAUAUCCAGGUAAAUUUGUCAGAAUUACAGGUAACUGAAUGCUGUGUGGAAUACUUCCUUGCCAGGAGAAAAGACUGGUGCCUUGUUCUUCGUUAGACCUCAGCAGCUUGAACGUACCGCUAAGCUAUCCUGAAUUGCAGAUAGUCUGCCAUCACAAAAAAUACCUCUGCUUUGUUUCCAUGAAGAAACACAACUGAUAUAGGGGUCUGCAUGUGGUCUUCUGCACCCACCUUCGCAAGGCUCUGUUUUUUCUCAUCAUCAGAUGUGAUGGGUAUUUGGGAACGAGUAACCCUGAUGGAAGGGAUGCGGGUGGCGCUGUGGGUUAAACCACAGAGCCUAGGACUUGCCGAUCAGAAGAUCGGUGGUUCGCAUCCCUGCGACAGGGUGAGCUCCCGUUGCUCGGUCCCUGCUCCUGCCCACCUAGCAAUUCGAAAGCACGUCAAAGUGCAAGUAGAUAAAUAGGUACCGCUCCGGUGGGAAGGUAAACGGCAUUUCCGUGCGCUGCUCUGGUUCGCCAGAAGCGGCUCAGUCAUGCUGGCCACAUGACCCAGAAGCUGUACGCCGGCUCCCUUGGCCAAUAAAGCGAGAUGAGCGCCGCAACCCCAGAGUCGGUCACGACUGGACCUCAUGGUCAGGGGUCCCUUUACCUUUACCUUUUAACCCUGAUGGAUAUUUCUCAGUUAGUGAAAACCGGGCAGGACCUCUCAGAGAUGAAACAGAGGUUUCUUAACCGUCUACAAAGUCAUUCCAGAGUGACCCAGCCCAGUUUGCAUCUCUCUUUGGUCUUUUCAAGUCUUGAGAGGGUUGAAACGAACGGAGGGAAUGUAAGAGAGGUCUGCAGAAGCAAGACUUUUGCCUCUAUAAAGAUUCAGGUGCUGGAUAGAAUCUCAUAACAUUGUGCGUAGCUAGUGUGCCUUGUUACAGUGUACACUUGACAAGGCCGCUUUGCAAGAACUGCUUUUCCAGGUAAGUAACCAACCAUUUAGCGUAGUCUGAAAUAAUACACUGAGUACAAGGCUGCGAUGAAGCUGGCUUCGAGUUAUGAUUGUAUAUAACUUGCUGUGCAUGCUAUAAAUUAUGCUGGCCAAUCCCACAGGAAUAACAUUUCCUGACACCAGAGGUGGGGGGUAUAUGGCCUCUCAGGUGCUGUUGGACCCUCAACUCCCUUCAGCACCAGCCAAUGUGGCUAAUGAUCAGGGAUGAUUGGAGUUAUAGCCCAGCAACAUCUGAAGGGACACAGAUUUUUCACCCCACCAGUGUGUCCUGUAAUCCAUUUUGAAACUGUUUAUGACUUUUCAGAAGUGAAAUUAAAUGACGGCGCUUGGGCCCUUUGUUUGCAGAAAUUCCAUUUCUUGGGUAUUAGUGUUUCUUGCUCAUAAUGCAAUUAAUUAUUUGUUUUUCUUCUCUUCUGUCUAGAUCAAGAUGGAGAUCUGUCGGGGACGAUAUCACUUGUUAUGACCCAGUGCUGCAAGCGAAUAAAGGACACUGUUCAGAAAUUGGCCUCAGAUCAUAAAGAUAUUCACAGUAGUGUUUCCCGUGUUGGGAAAGCUAUUGACAAGGUAUUUAGAGCAUUCGUUUGGUUGUGUCCCAAUGCUUGGUUGUUGUUUUUAAAAACUUUGUAUGUUUAAAAUUUAAUGUGAGUCAGCACUGCAGACUCCCCAGACUUUUGAAACUAGCUUUUGCAGAGAUGAAGGAUCUCUGGCCUUCCAGAUGUUGUGAGACUCCCAACUCUUAUCAGCCCCAGCUACGUAGCCCAGGGUCAGGGAUGAUGUAAGUUGUUAUUUAACAGCGUCUGAAAGGCCACAGUUUCUCCAUCCCUGCUGUAGGUUGUUUUCAAGAAAGCUCAGUGGAUGUGUCUAUAUUUCUGUUUGCAAAACCAUAUCCCCCAGUUUGGACCCUGUCAGAAACCAAGUGAAAUAAAGAACCCAGAGGUAAAAUCUAGCCUUCACCUUGAAAACCGGCCUUCUGCGAAAUAGAUUGCCACUUUAGAUAAUUAGAUUAAGACUAAUGCAGCAAAAUAUUUAGUCCUGGGUACAUUGAAACCAAAGGACGCGGGUGGUGCUGUGGGUUAAACCACAGAACCUAGGACUUGCCGAUCAGAAGGUCGGCGGUUCGAAUCCCCGUGACGGGGUGAGCUCCCGUUGCUCGGUCCCUGCUCCUGCCAACCUACCAGUUUGAAAGCACAUCAAAGUGCAAGUAGAUAAAUAGGUACCACUCUGGCGGGAAGGUAAACGGAGUUUCCAUGUGCUGCUCUGGUUCGCCAGAAGCGGCUCAGUCAUGCUGACCACAUGACCCGGAAGCUGUACGCCGUCUCCCUCUGCCAAUAAAGUGAGAUGAGCCGCAACCCCAGAGUCGGCCACGACUGGACCUAAUGGUCAGGGGUCCCUUUACCUUUUACAUUGAAACCAGAGUGUUUUAAAUUUAUCUAGAGCCAUAUACUAACUUGGACCUCCUUCCAAAAGGUGCAGCUACUGGGCCUUUGCCAAAGGAGAUGUGUUAGAUCUGCUUGGGGCUCCAUACCCCUCCCGCAAAUCACCCACAGGAAAGAUGCCUAGCACCUUUUUUUGGAAGGUCCAAGUUAGAAUUAAUAUGGUCCUAGAUAAAUUUCUGGUGACAGAUGGUGUGAAUGUCUUAAUAGGCCAUGUUACCUGUAAAGGAGAAGCUAGAGGAAAAACAGGGAAGAGGGUACUACAGUGGUACCUCGGGUUACAUACGCUUCAGGUUAAGGACUCCACUAACCCAGAAAUAGUGCUUCAGGUUAAGAACUUUGCUUCAGGCUGAGAACAGAAAUCGUGCUCCAGCUGCACAGCGGCAGCAAGAGGCCCCAUUAGCUAAAGUGGUGCUUCAGGUUAAGAACAGUUUCAGGUUAAGAACGGACCUCCGGAACGAAUUAAGUACUUAACCCGAGGUACCACUGUAUUGAGCUUUGUUGAUUGCCAGUGCUGGAAGAUUAUUCACUUUACCAUUUUUGAGCCCAUCAAACACGGACUAAUAUGUGCAAAACCUACAUUUGGCAACUCAUGAGUAGAUUCUAACCUGGGGAGAAAACAGCAAAAACCUGAUGAAGAGAGCACAGCAGAGGUUAUAUUUUCUGAGAUUCCUCCGGAAAAAUAAUCUCUCAAAGGACCUGUUGAUGGCAUUUUACCAUUGUACUGUUGAGAGUGUAUUAACUUAUGGUCUCUGUGUGUGGUUUGGGAGCUGCACCGUCAGGGAAAAAGCAAUGUUGUCCAGGGUUGUAAAGACUGCGGAGAGAAUAACUGGGUGCACUCUUCCCACCUUGGAUCAAAUCUAUGCUUCCAGGUGCCAUAAGAAAGCUGCAGAGAUAGUGCAGGAUAGUGCGGACCCCGGAAAUGAUCUCUUUCAGCUUCUGCCUUCUGGAAGAAGGUACAGGGUUAUAACGACUAGGACUAGCCGCCUGAGAAACAGUUUCUAGCCAAAUGCGAUUUUGGUUUUAAACGCAGUGUAAGGUAGUCUCUGUGGGAGUAUAUUGUAUUUAAUUAUGGGGUAUCAGAGUUUUUAGGGGGCUAACCAGGCUGGGAUAGCUGGGAUAGCAGGCUUGUUGGUUUUUGAAUGUUUGAUGUAGAUUUUUUCAAUUUCGUUGUUCCGUAUGGGACAACGGCAAUAAAGAUUAUCGUAUCGUAUUCUAAUAAGCAGAAAAUGUAAGAGGAAUUUCACAGUUUUGAAGCUCUUUAUAGAAUAAUGUAUCGUGCCCAAUAGAAUUGGCAUCAUGCAUAAUGGAAUAUUGCCCUUUGGUUUAUUAUAAAGGGCCCAAUUAAAAAUGCUGGUUAUGUCCUUUAAAGCCCUAAACUGGGUUGGGAUCAGGCUACUUCUGGGAGCACCUUCUCCCAUAUGACCAUGUCUGCUUACUAAGAUCUUCUGGAGAGCCUCUCUAUCUUACCCUGCCAGCCUCUGAAUUGCAUUGUUCAGGAUGCAGGACAGCGUCUUCUCUGUAGCUGCAGCAAAGCUUUAGAACUUCUUUCCUAGAGAGGUCCAUCUUACUUCCUCAUUUCUCGCCUUCUGAUGGCAAUCUAGCCAGCUGGCUUAGCUUCCAAUCUGAAAAUUCAGCUGUCUCCUAGUUUUUAAUCUUAUCUUUUCCCCCUGCCAUUUUACCGUCUUACUUUAUUUUUACUGUGCGAGUUGAGCAUUUUUAUGGAAAAGCUGGAUAGCAUUGUUUUAAAAGUGAAAAAAACCCCUUCCUGUUUUUAAUCUUUAGCACAGUGACUGGAUUUUAGGGAGUUUCCUAAACCGAUAAGCUCUUGAGAGGCAGUGGCUGGGUUAUUAGAGUUGUCAAUGCAAGCAAAUUUUGCAUCAGAAGACGCUGCCUGAGUCAGGGGAUAGGCCCAUCUAGGUCAUUAUUGCCUACACUGACUGGCAGUCCCUUUCCAAGGUUUCAGGCCAAGGGUCUUUACCUGGAAACACCAGGGAUUGAAUCUGGAACAGUGAGCUAUCACCCUUCUCCAAUUUUCCCUGAUUUUCACAUGGUCAGGCGGGAACAACCCCUGGGAUAAUCUUGCAUCUCAUAUCUCUUGAAAUGAUUUACACCCCCACACCUUGCUUGCUUUCCCCCCAUUAGCACAAAGCACGAAGCAGGUUAUGUCAUGCACAGCAUGAAUGUUAAUGCCACCUUACCUUUAGCCAGUGCUAAACAGGACAGUUCACAGGAUCAGACUAGAAGAGAUGGGAGUCUUUGUUAUCAUGUGAAUGCGGAUGAUACCCAGCUCUACCUCUUUUUCAAAUCAGAACCAGUGAAGGCGGUGAAGGUCCUGUGUGAGUGUCUGGAGCCGGUUGGAGGAUGGAUGGCAGCUAACAGAGAGGUUGAAUCCUGACAGGACAGAAAUACUGUUUUGGGGGGACAGGAGGCGGGCGGAUAUGGAGGACUCCCUGGUCCUGAAUGGGGUAACUGUGCCCCUGAAGGACCAGGGGCGCAGCCUGGGAGUCAUUCUGGACUCCAGCUGUCCAUGGAGACGCAGGUCAAUUCUGUGUCCAGGGCAGCUGUUUAUCAGCUGCAUCUGGUAUGCAGGCUGAGACCCUACCUGCCCACAGACUGACUCGCCAGAGUGGUGCAUGCUUUGGUUAUCUCUCGCUUGGACUUCUGCAAUGCGCUCUAUGUGGGGCUACCUUUGAAGGUGACACAGAAACUACAACUAAUCCAGAAUGCGACAGCUAGACUGGUGACUGGGAGCGGCCGCCGAGACCACAUAACACCGGUCUUGAAAGACCUACAUUGGCUCCCAGUAUGUUUCUGAGCACAAUUCAAAGUGUUGGUGCUAACCUUUAAAGCCCUAAACGGCCUCGGUCCAGUAUACCCGAAGGAGCGUCUCCACCCCCAUUGUUCUGCCCAGACGCUGAGGUUCAGUGCUGAGGGCCUUCUGGUGGUUCCUUCGCUGCGAGAAGCCAAGUUACGGGGAACCAGGCAGAGGGGCUUCUCGGUAGUGGCACCCGCCCUGUGGAACGCCCUCCCACCAGAUGUCAAAGAGAAAAACAACUACAGUGGUACCUCAGGUUACAUACACUUCAGGUUACAUACGCUUCAGGUUACAGACUCCACUAACCCAGAAAUAUUGCUUCGGGUUAAGAACUUUGCUUCAGGAUGAGAACAGAAAUUGUGCUCUGGUAGCGCGGCGGCAGCGGGAGGCCCCAUUAGCUAAAGUGGUGCUUCAGGUUAAGAACAGUUUCACGUGAAGAACGGACCUCCCAAACGAAUUAAGUACUUAACCCGAGGUACCACUGCGCCAGACUUUUAGAAGACAUCGGAAGGCAGCCCUGUUUAGGGAAGCUUUUAAUGUUUAAUAGAUUAUUGUAUUUUAAUAUUUUUUUGGAAGCCGCCCAGAGUGGCGGGGUAUAAAUAAUAAAUUAUUAUUAUUAUUAUUAGAGAAGAAUUUUCAGCCCAUAAACCUGUUUUGGCAAGACAUAGCCCCUGCCUCAACCCCCACUUCUGCCUUCAUAAGAGUAGACCAUUCCCAACGUGUUCAGAGAGGCAAUUUAACCCAGUUUUGAUUCCUUGGGACUAAACCCCCCCCCCCCAGUUUUAAAAAAAAUUAUUGUCUCUAAAUAGGGGUUUUCCUUUGUAGUCCAUUAUUCAGGCUAUAAAUACACGUUGUGUAAAUAAAACGUUUCUUGGCCUUACAUGUAUCUCACCUGUCAAGCUGCACCUGUCUAUUACCCUAGUUCCUGCGUCCUACGGAGUGGUCUUCUGGUCCUACUGUGCCAGCAGCUGCUAUAUUGGUUAUGCUAGCGUAACGUAAUCAAGAUCCUAUGCACUUUCAGCAGCAAGGCAGGCAGUAAAACAAAACCACUUUCUGCAAGAAAUAAUGUAGCAACUCUGACACCACUCCAGCCUUCGUGAAUAUCCCACCAGCCAGUGAUUCUGCCAUUGCAUGCAUGCCAGUGGCAUCCCAUGUUAUCUGUAUAUAUUUUAUUAUUAUUAUUAUUAUUAUUAUUAUGCUCAUUAAGUGAGUCCUCUGGGUAGUUUUCAACAUUAUUAAAAAUGCAAAAUACAUCUUUUUCUAUAAAAGGAAGGAACCAGCCAAUGCACACAACAGUUGAAUGUGCCCCAAAUGCAACAACAACAACAACAGCAACAACAACAACAACAACAAUUUAUUUGUACCCGGCCCAUCUGGCUGGGUUUCCCCAGCCACUCUGUGUGGCUUCCAACAAAGACCAAAAAUACGCUAAGAUGUCACACAUUAAAAACUUCCCGGAACAGGGCUGCCUUCAGAUGUCUUCUGAAUGUCAGGUGGUUGUUUAUCUCUGACAUCUGAUGGGAGGGCGUUCCACAAGGCGGGCGCCACUACCAAGAAGGCCCUUUGCCUGGUUCCCUGUAGCCUUGCUUCUCGCAGUGAUAGAACCGCCAGAAGGAAUGUUAGAAAAAUGUUGGAAGGAAAUUAUAUGGCUUUAGUAGAAAUGUUUUAAGGAAUUAAGCAUAAAUAAGUAUUAUAGUUUUAAUGGAAAAUAAGGUUAAAAUAUGUUAAGAUAAUCAUAUGACAGAAAAUAGAGAAAGAUGGAAAGGAUUUGCUGAAACAAUUAAUAGAAAUGGAAUACAAAAAGGGAAGUGAGAGGAGGUCAAUGAAACAGGGGAAUGAAAGAGAGGAUAUUGAGAUGGUAUGAUGUGUGUUUUUUGAACUGUUUUUGCUUUUGUUUUGUUUAAUGUGUUAAUGUUGUGUUGUGUAUUGUUUAUAUAUUGUACUGUAUGUUUUUUCUUCCUUUUUCUUCUUUUUUUCUUUUUUUUUCUUUUUUCCUUUUUGUAAGGUUUAAAAGUAAUAAAUAUUAUUUAAAAAAAAAAAAAUAGAACCGCCAGAAGGCCCUCAGAGCCGGACCUCAGUGUCUGGGCAGAACAAUGGGGGUGGAGACGCUCCUUCAGGUAUACUGGGCCAAGGCCGUUUAGGGCUUUAAAGGUCAGCACCAACACUUUGAAUUGUUCUCGGAAACAUACUGGGAGCCAAUGUAGUCUUUCAAGAUCAUAUUCAAGCACAUCUACGAAGCACAGUUUGGCAGUCAAGGGACACAGCACUCUCCCUAGUGCGCGUGAGCCCAGCAACUGUCACCCAGAGCUCCCUCCGGACAAGAAUAUGCUUGUCGCACAAAUAUAGGCAAGCCUGAAAAGAACUGCUCUUUUUGCAGACAAAUAGGUGGAGCCAAACAGCAAGGGGAGGACAGACAUUCUUGUCGCAGCAUCCAGUUCAUUCCAGAGCUCAUGGCUAGAGUAGAACAUGGGUUCCCAAAGAGCAUCAAAGUCCUGUGGGAAAAGUGCACUGGGUAGACCGCUCCUGUUGAUGCCUAUGUGAAGAAAAAAAGGGCUUUUUGCCAGGGAGACAGCCUCAUGUACAAGGAAGAGCAGGAAUCAGAACGGUUAUUACCGUAUUUUUUGCUCUAUAAGACUCACUUUUCCCCUCCUAAAAAGUAAGGGGAAAUGUGUGUGCGUCUUAUGGAGCGAAUGCAGGCUGCGCAGCUAUCCCAGAAGCCAGAACAGCAAGAGGGAUCGCUGCUUUCACUGUGCAGCAAUCCCUCUUGCUGUUCUGGCUUCUGAGAUUCAGAAUGUAUUUUUUCUUGUUUUCCUCCUCCAAAAACUAGGUGCGUCUUGUGGUUUGGUGCGUCUUAUAGAGUGGAAAAUAUAGUACGUAGGCUCCAGCACCAGGACUCGUAUGGUAGCACAGUAAGGGGAAGACACUCUAUGGGAGGCUGGUUCAAAUGUUGACACAAAUCACCUUUUGGCUGGCAAGAAUGAUAGAAUCCCCUCAAUUCCUCAGAUAUGCCAAAUGUGUUUAAAAAAUAAAAAGGAGAGCAAGCAGUGGCCAUACCUCCUGCCACAAGGAGCAGAUCCCGAGCCACAGUCACGGAGAAGAGAAUACAGCUUGCCAGGCGUUUUGCAAUCCCAAUUCAGAACCCUGAUAGGGUGUGUGGAUGUGUGCUCACAAAUUGCCCUCUCUGACCUCAUCCCAUCAGUCACCUGAUCAGCAAGUCAUCUGAUUGGAAUCCCUGUCAGCUGAUAGUCAAUCUCCUACCAUGCUAAAGCUUAAAUACAAGGCCACUUUUAUCUGAUUUUCUGGAUGUUUAUGUCUGGUGGCUUAUAUGUGGUUUUAUAGAUUAGACUUGUGUUUUGGGGGGCUUACUGUACACCAUUCUGAAGGACAGCCUAGAAAAACGUGUAAAGCAACCUUCUAAAAGCCGACAUGACUUAUGCACAAUAACUUCAUAUUCUGAUAGAAUAUGUAUUGCAUUACCUUCUGGUAAUGAACUACACCCUUUCCUAUCUUUAAUUUCUUAAAAUUUGUAAAUAUAGAAUGUAUUAAUGGUUACCAGAAAGAAACAAAAUGGUGUCUUCUUUUUGUAUAAAGGACGUAAUGAAUCAUGUGAAAGGAAUACAGUGGUACCUCGGGUUAAGUACUUAAUUCGUUCCGGAGGUCCGUACUUAACCUGAAGCACCACUUUAGCUAAUGGGGCCUCCUGCUGCCGCCGCGCCACCAGAGCACGGUUCCUGUUCUCAUCCUGAAGCAAAGUUCUUAACCUGAAGCACUAUUUCUGGGUUAGUGGAGUCUGUAACCUGAAGCGUAUGUAACCUGAGGUACCACUGUAUCUUAAAAGACAAGAAGAAGCGAAGCAAGGCAGUUCAGAAAUAGGCAAAAGCACUUCUGAGUGGAGAUUUAUAUAAUUCGCCUAAUGCAAAAAUAAAAACAUAAGAGCUUGGUUUUUUUCUGGAACUGAUUGUCACUUUUUCCUUCACAGAAUUUUGACUCUGACAUCAGCAGCGUGGGAAUAGAUGGAUGCUGGCAGGCUGAUAGCCAGCGGAUUCUGAAUGAGGUGAUGGUAGAACACUUUUUCCGGCAAGGAAUGCUAGAUGUAGCUGAGGAACUUUGCCAGGUAAUUGCAGCUAGAAUUCCUCGUUCCUGGGAAGCAAAAUAAUUUUUUCACCUAUUGUUUUAGUUGAAUUUCCAGGCGACUGUGGAGUCUUCACCCCAUGUUCUUGUUAGGAUAUUUCCGUUCCACCUUAAAAGGGAGCAGGCUGUGAGUCACAGAGUCUGCGUAUUUCCUGUUCACAGGAUGUUUAUGUUUUCUGUUGCUUUCGUUUUCUCUCUCUGUGUCGUAGACACUAAAGCAGGCAGUCAUGUUUUUCUGUGUUCUGAUCAACGCUGAAUAAACUUGUAAAUAAUGCUCUCCUGAGUGCAACUUUUGGCUGUGCAUUAUCUGCUGAUAGAGUGUGCAUGAGCUCUGGAAUGUGGCAAGAUAUUUUCUAGAAACUCAUGUCGCUGCGUGCCUACGGGAGGUCGAUGGAUCGUCCGGCAGACGGCUUGGGGGCCUUGAUGGACUUUAUCUCCCUGGCAGUAUCCCAACAGUUCUAAUGGUCCGCGAACACAAAAACACUAUUUUGCCCAUCUAUAAAAAUAACUAAAGAAUGUGUGAUAUGAUCUUGUUUUUCAGGAGUCCGGACUUUCGAUAGACCAAAGUCAAAAGCAGCCGUUUGUGGAGCUCAACCGAAUAUUGGAAGCACUUAAAGUUAGAGUUUUGAGACCUGCGUUAGAGUGAGUUACUCAUCUGUUUUAUUUAUUUAUUUAUUUAUUUAUUAUUUAAUAUUCAGAUAAAACGCCUUCUAAAGUCUCUCAUUUUAACAUAUUCAUUAAUGCUGGGGAUUCUCAAGUGAAUAGAUGUUCCCUAAAUGUGUUCCAGCUGGGCUGAAAUCCCAAAAGUCAAAUGGGGCUUGCCUACAGCAGGAAUUGUCCAAUAUCAGGGUGGGUCUAUGUUCCACAGGAACUGGCAGCUCUCAGGUGAGGCAGACAUUGUGCCCACAAUGGCGAGGAACCGACAAAUGGUGUGAUCAGCUUGUUAGGUACCUAAGCUGAGCCCAUCAUCUGAGAGCUAACACUAAUUUAAAGUGACAGAGCCCGCUUUGGACUUGUGUCCUCGUAUUUUUUUAUAGCAUAUUGGGAACUGCAGUUUGUUAAGGGAAGUUGAGAGUUGUUAAAAAGGUAAAGGGACCACUGACCAUUAGGUCCAGUCGUGACUGACUCUGGGGUUGCGGCGCUCAUCUCGCUUUAUUGGCCGAGGGAGUCGGCAUACAGCUUCCGGGUCAUGUGGUCAGCAUGACUAAGCCGCUUGUGGCGAACCAGAGCAGCGCACGGAAACGCCGUUUACCUUCCCGCCAGAGCGGUACCUGUUUAUCUACUUGCACUGGUGUGCUUUCGAAUUGCUAGGUGGGCAGGAGCUGGGACCGAACAACGGGAGCUCACCCCGUCGCGGGGAUUUGAACCGCCGACCUUCUGAUCGGCAAGCCCUAGGUUCUGUGGUCUAACCCACAGCGCCACCCGCGUCCCUUGAGAGUUGUUAGGAGACCCCUAUUCCUCUCACAGGGCUACAAUUCAGAGUUGUUGUAGUAGUUGUUGUUAUUAUUUAUUGAAUAUGUAUACCGCCCUAUACCCAGAGGUCUCGGGGCAGUUCACAGAGUUCCCUGGACAGAGGGAUUGAUUGCAAAUGCGCAGAUUUAGUGGGCGAUAUGCUGCUAAUUCAUCGAGUAGUCCCAUUGAAGUCUAUGAACGUAAGUUCUGUGGUUUCAGUAGGCCUCUUCCGAGAAUGACUAAUACUGAAUAUCGCCAACUAACUGUGCAUUUGCCUUUUAAGCAAAACGCAGCUUGAUUUGAACACCUAUUUGCAUCAAACUAAGUUGAUAAAAUACAAGCAGAGUAAUUUUAGAUUAAUCAGCUGAUGAGUUGCCCUUCAUAACUUUAUGUCAGCUUCGUAAUAUCGUUUUGAACUGCCAUGCUCAUGUAAAGUUAAGCUGCCCUGAUAUAAGAGACCCAUCUAUCUGUCUGUCUGUCCAUCUCGCACACACAUAAAAAGUUUGAAAAUAGGAUACAUGGAUUUAUCAAUCCUUAUGCUUUUUCGUUUGUGUGUGAUGCUGUUUCUCUUUGGACAGAGUGCCUUUUCUUUUUAAAUAUCUAGGUCAGUGGUAGCCAAAAUUGUGGAUGUUGCUAGACAACAACUCCCAUCAUCCCUGACCAUAAGCCAUGCUGACUGGGGCUGAUGGAAAUUGGAGUCCAAGAAAAUCUGGAGGGUACUAUCUGAUCUAGGUAUUUACCAGAUUCUAGGGUUUUCAUUUCUCCAAAGUUUCCAGGAGAAUGAAAUGUCUGAAUAAAUAUACAUUAUUGGAGGAAGGUGGUGGCCUGCCCACAUUCAGGGCUGUUAAUACAGACAAGGAAAAUUCUUGUGUUCAUUUGUAUAUGUUUAAUAAAAAUGUAAACAUCAGCAAUAAUGAAAAUGUAUACCAGGAAAUCUCCUGUUUCUCAAGCAUUAAACAAAAGAGUGAAGUACAAAUAUUUAUUUGUGUGCAAGUGUUAACUAUAUCUGUCUUUUCCGUUAUCAAUCAGCAUAUAUAGGGCGGUAUAUAAAUUCAAUAAAUAAUAAUAAUAUUUCUUCACCUGCGACUUCAUUUUUCAGAGUUGGUUGUGGUCCACAGCCCAUGCUCCCACACGCAUAUAUGGAAAUAAGUUCCCUUGAAAUUUGUAUAACUUGCCUUCAAAUCCCGAAUGUAACACUAGGAAGUCACUACAAUCCAAUCUCUGCAAUCCCUGGCCUUUAAUCACUGCUCCAAAGAAACAGAGCAUUGAAAACAGUCUUCAGGAUGUGUGACAAACAGUAUUAAUGUUUACUCAAUAAGCUGAAUGGAACGUUUAGAACGGCUAAUUGCAGGUUAUUAGCCAGCGUAAUUUUCCAUUGGUUCACAAAAUACAAGUGGGAAAUAUUUAUUUGUAACUAUUGCAAAUAAAUCUACACAAGUUACUAGUCCAUAAAAUGUUUUUCUAACUCCUUUUCCCACAUGCAAGUCACUUUGGCACAUCAGUAGCCGAGAGGUGGGAACCUCAUAUUCUUCCAGUUUAUGGGAACCUCCCUGCCUGGUUGCCUAGAGAUAAUUCAUACCUGGUACGGGAAUGUAGGUGAGUGGCUGUUUACAAGCCAGAGGCGGUUCUUUACAAUUCUGAUCCCAACUGCAACUGAUGACACUCAGCUGCCCUCAGAGUUACUUCCUCCUAGGACCUGUUAAGCCACAGCUCCUCGGAAAUGAUCGGCCAAUUUUUAAACCGUGAAUUUCAGCGCAAGACAAUGAAUGACUUCUGUGGCCAACCAAACUGAAAAGGAGCUGGGGGUAUUAAAAGAACAGUCGUGGUAUUCUGCCUCCAGGUUGAACCCCCCCUCGCUCCCCCCCCCCAUUGGUAGUAUGUUAAAAGUUCCUACAGGGAAAAUGUUGUGAACAUACAUUGAAACACCCAGAGGGAAAAGGUUGAAUUGAUAAACCAGUGUUCCUAUUAAGGUAAAUCUGCUUUUUUUUCCUUUCCCCCCCUUUUUGUUCCAUUAUAUCUCUUAGGUGGGCUGUAUCAAACAGAGAAAUGCUUAUGGCACAGAACAGCUCUUUAGAAUUUAAGCUACACAGAUUAUAUUUUAUUAGUUUAUUAAUGGGCGGAACUACAAACCAGAGAGAAGCAUUGCAAUACGCUAAAAACUUUCAGCCAUUUGCUCUAAACCAUCAGAAAGGUAAGCUGCAUUAAAUGCACCUGUAUUUGUGAUGUGAUUGUACUGAAUUUACGAUGUGCACUUCUUAUUUUCAUAUAUUUUGAUUAUCCUUUUGGGGGGUUUUAUCUACUAGCUAUAGGCACACUUGGGAUGCGGGUGGCGCUGUGGGUUAAACCACAGAGCCUAGGACUUGCCAAUCAGAAGGUCGGCGGUUCGAAUCCCCGUGACGGGGUAAGCUCCUGUUGCUCAGUCCCCGCUCCUGCCAACCUAGCAGUUCGAAAGCAUGUCAAAGUGCAAGUAGAUAAAUAGGUACCGCUCCGGUGGGAAGGAAAACGGCGUUUCCGUGCACUGCUCUGGUUCGCCAGAAGCGGCUUAGUCAUGCUGGCCACAUGACUGUACGCCGGCUCCCUUGGUCAAUAAAUCGCAUCCUGGUCACUGUCUCUUCGAGCUCUUGCCGUCGGGACGGAGAUACAGGACGAUGAAGACAAGAACGAGCCGUCUUAAGAACAUCUUCUUCUGCAGAGCGAUCUCGGCCCUGAAUGGGAAGCCCGGACUUUGAAAGUCAUCUAAUCUCCCUUGCUGUGUUAUACUGUAUUGAUUAAUUAGUGUUUUUAUGGAGCAGUCAAGUAAUUUCGUUGUCCCCGAAGGGGGCAAUGACAAUAAAGAUAUUAUUAUUAUUAUUAUUAUUAUUAUUAUUAUUAAAGCGAGAUGAGCGCCGCAACCCCAGAGUCGGCCAUGACUGGACCUAAUGGUCCUUUACCCUUUACCUUAUAUGCAUUUGUUAAUCUCUUUUUAAGUAGACUGUGAACUUUUUUGUAAAUAUAGAAGUCUCUGUGGGUGGUGUUUUCAAAAUGGCCAUAUCAUGCCACUGGUUAAUUCUGUCUUGGUUCUGAUGUCUGUUGAACAGUUACCGCAUUGGCUGCCAACGUUUUUGGGCACAGGGGCAGAUUGGGAAUUUUGAGAAGGUGCUGAUGGCACCAUUAAAGGCUGCCGCCAAUGAUGUAGCCUAAUGCAAAAUGGCUGCCACCUCCAAAAGAGCAAGCCAACUUCAUAACCCAUAGUUUGAAGUUGCCUUGUUUCAAACAAACCUGCUCCUGGGAUUAUCCUCAGUGUAUUGGGUUCAGGGUGAAACAAGAAGUGGUGGUCAAUCAAAAAUGGAAGCAAAAGGUUCUGAGCUCUUCUUCCUCUCCACACCAGGGGGCAACCUAAACAGCUACCCAGAGAGUUCACAGAUUUUUGAAUGUAGGUUUGUCCAAUCCAUUUUACAAGCACAACACUAUAAAGCAUGGGUAGGCAUACUAGGGGCCGGAUCCGGCCCAAUUGCCUUCUAAAUCCAGCCCACGGACAGUCCGGGAAUCAGCGUGUUUUUACAUGAGUAGAAUGUGUGCUUUUAUUUAAAAUGCAUCUCUGGGUUAUUUGUGGGGCAUAGGAAUUCGUUCAUUCCCCCCCCCCCCAAAAAAAAUAUAGUCUGGCCCCCACAAGGUCUGAGGGACAGUGGACCGGCCCCCUGCUGAAAAAGUUUGCUGACCCCUGUAAAGGCACAGAACCAGAACCCUUACAAAUCAAUGGCUUCGUUCAAAUGCCAUGAUAAACUACGGCUGGUUAUUUACGGUUGUAAAUAACGUGACUUCCUUUCUGAAUUACCAGUUAUUAUGUUUUCAUUCAUAUAUUCUCUCCCUCUGUGUAGCUUCAGGUUGUGCAUAUAUGUGCUAAGCAUAUGUUUAUUUUUCCUCAACAUAUAUAUAAAUAAUGGAAUACAUAAACUACAGCUCCUCUGACUUUCCACAGAUAUUCAAGUUUUGAUGGGAAGCUUAGUGUACCUGAGGCAAGGAAUUGAAAAUUCUCCGUACGUCCAUUUGUUGGAUGCAAAUCAGUGGGCGGACAUCUGCGACAUCUUUACAAGAGAUGCCUGCGCUCUGCUGGGACUCUCGGUUGAAUCGCCUCUUAGCGUUAGGUAUGGCUACUUUCAUGCUAGACAUAUUUUAAAGAUUUGGCUAUCUAAACCUCACCUAGUUGUUGGCAUCUUAGGAAUACAGAUUUCCCUAAAGUCCUUCCAAGGAGAUAGAACUGGAAAUAUACUUAAGCAUAAUUAUUGUAACUCGCUGUACGUGGGGCUGCCCUUGAGACUGACCCAGAAACUCCAGCGGGUGCAGAAUGCCGUAGCGAGACUCCUUACGGGGUCUUCGCUGCGAGAUCACAUUCACCCGGUGCUAUACCAGCUGCACUGGCUCCCGGUGGAGUACAGGAUCAGGUUUAAGGUGCUGGUUUUAACCUUUAAAGCCCUAUACGGCCUAGGACCCUCGUACCUACGGGACCGCCUCUCCUGGUAUGUCCCACAGAGGAACUUACGAUCUUCAAACAAAAACAUCUUGGAGGUCCCAGGCCACAGAGAGGUUAGGCUGGCCUCAACCAGAGCCAGGGCUUUUUCGGCUGUGGCUCCGAUCUGGUGGAACGCUCUGCCACAAGAGAUUAGGGCCCUGCGGGACUUGACAUCUUUCCGCAGGGCCUGGAAGACAGAGCUGUUCCGCCAGGCCUUUGGCCGAGGCACAGUCUGACCCCCUCCUUUGGCAAUCUUCACAGAACUCUAGCCCAAUGGUUGCCAUCAAUUUGAUUUGAAGUAAUUUUUUAAUGAAAUGAUUUUAGAAUUUUGUAUUAUUUUAUUGUUGUUAGCCGUCCUGAGCCCGGCCUCGGCUGGGGAGGGCGGGAUAUAAAUAAAAAUUUAUUAUUAUUUAUUAUUAUUAUUAAUGUGGCGCCUGGAAAUGGUUUGCUCCAGCAGUGAUUCACAUUGAGCUUGGUGGACUUUUCUUUCAGACAGACUGCAGCACUGAAUACAGAGAUUUCUUCCAUGUACCGUAUUUUUCCGUGUAUAAGACGUCCCCAUGUAUAAGACGCCGUCUGUUUAGGGGGACUCAAAUUUAAGAAAAUGGGAGAUGGCACAGAGUUGUUGAGCUUCCUGUGGGGGGAUUACCCAGGGUUGCUGAGCUAUUUUUAGCGGAGAUUGCCAACAAUCGCUCACCUGCACGCGUCGCAAAACCCGCCUCCCGUCUGUUCCCUCACCGGCAGAAGCUGCCAAUCGCCCACCAAAUUGCCGCAGCGUCAGCCAAUCAACACCUGCCAUCGAUGCAGCAACCAAUAACACGCACAAUAGCCGCUCACAGCCGCAGGCACAACCAAUCAAAUGUCCACCCUAUGCACUACCCAUGUCUAAGACAACCCCACUUUUUAGCAUAAUUUUUAAAGAAAAACACCUUGCCUUAUACACAGAAAAGUACAGUGCUUCCUUCAGUGCUACUUUCCUUCUCCUUGUAUUAGGAUAAGAAUGCAAAUCCUCUUCUACAAAUUAACAACUGUAAAUCUAUAGGUAGCCUUGGGGAAGCCAAUAUUCCCCCCCCCCUUUGGCCCUCUAUCUCCAGUGUUGGGAAGGGAAUGGUGAUGGCUGGUUUACCUUACGGGGUUGUUGUAAGGUUUGCUGAAAUUAUAGAAUCACAGGAUUGUGGAGUUGAAAGGGACCCCGAGGGUCAUCCAGUCCAACCCCCUGCAAUGCAGGAAUAGCAGCUAAAGCAUCCACGGCAGAUGGCCAUCCAACCGCUGCUUAAAAACCGCCAAGGUGUAGGUUAAAAACCUAUAAGUAAAUGGUAUGGGGUGGCCAGCUUCCAAGAGACUGCAAUCUACUCACAGAAUUAAAAUCUGGCAGGGAUCUACCUCCAUUUUAUUGGGGUUCAGGUCAAAGUUAUUGAGCUUUUUUUAGGGAGGGGGAAAGUCCUGUUUUCUUGGGGUUCAGGUCAAAAUUGUUGAGCUUUUAAAUUAUCUUGGGGUCGAAGAGAAACAGCAACCACUCACCAAAGGUUGGGGGAAAAACAGCCUCGGUUUGUAAACUCCGUCUUCUGUUCUCCAACAACCAAAACCUCACAGGGAUUGAUCAGUAGAUUGCGAUCGACCUGUUGGACAUCCCUGCUAUAGGUAAAGCCACUUUGAGAGUUUAGAAGGGGAAACGGUACAUAAUUGUUAAUACAAAGAGUUGUGGGAGUAAGCCCAGUUUAACUCUGCUUCUGAGUUGACAUGCCUGGGAUUACUCUAUAAAGCUCUCUUGGGCUCAGAAGCACCUUUGUGGUUCCUUAGUUCCUGAAUAUAGUUAAGCUGCCCUGAUAGCUUGACUGAAUGGGAAGGCCAUAAAAUACAGUGGUACCUUGGGUUAAGAACUUAAUUCGUCCUUGAGGUCUGUUCUUAACCUGAAACCGUUCUUAACCUGAAGCGCCACUUUAGCUAGUGGGGGCUGCGCCGCUGGAGCACGAUUUCUGUUCUCAUCCUGAAGCAAAGUUCUUAAACCGAGGUAUUAUUUAUGGGUUAGCGGAGUCUGUAACCUGAAGCGUAUGUAACCCGAGGUACAACUGUACACAAAUAAACCAAAUGAAGCAAUACUGAAAGGUUAUUUGUAGAGUCGUCACUUUUUUUCUGAACAAAAGUUGUAUUUUACUAAACAAGUACAGUGGUACCUCGGGUGAUAUACGCUUCAGGUUACAGACUCCGCUAACCCAGAAAUAGUGCUUCAGGUUAAGAACUUUGCUUCAGGAUGAGAACAGAAAUUGUGCUCCGGCGGCACGGCAGCAGCAGGAGGCCCCAUUACCUAGAGUGGUGCUUCAGGUUAAGAACAGUUUCAGGUUAAGUAUGGACCUCCGGAGCGAAUUAAGUACUUAACCCGAGGUACCACUGUACUGUAUAGAGAGAUCAGUACAGCAUACCCAAAAUAAGAACCUGCACCACCAGGGGGAGUUGUUGCAUUUCGCAUGGAAAAAAAUCAGCGCUUUUAGAAGUUCAUUUUGUCAGUUCUGGAGGAAAACGGCAGCAAGAUACGUGGGCCGGUGUUAAGCAUGUCAAAUUAACAGAAAUAGGAUUGGGAUCGAAUGCUCCCCAUCAUGCUCGGAGUUAAUUGCUGGACUAAACGAAAACAAGUUGCGACAUGUGCUUUUCCAGUGGUUUCUAACCAACGCUAUCCCCUGUCUUUCAUAUACUUCUGGAUUAUUUCAAAGGCCAGUUGAUGUCUUGAGAGGGCUGCCGGCAAUCUAUAUAGAUCUGCCUUCACCAGUACUCUUUGCCUAGAAGUGCGAGUUUUUGUGAUGCCCAAAUAGUCAGCUUAUGCAAAGGGAGCUGGAAACCAUUGUCACAGAAGUGAAUUCCGUGACGUUUUCUGACCCCUUCCUUGGCAUCUUCAUAUACAGUACCAUGCGCUCUCUUUGAGGUUAUUGGCACUAAAAAGUUGCCCAUGUUUCUACAUACAUGAACUGUUGUACAUACAUAGUUCAUGUGUCUAGAUUCAGGUAGGUAGCCAUGUUGGUCUGACGCAGUCGAAAUAAAUUAAAAAAUUAAAAAAAUUGUCCAGUAGCACCCUAGAGACCAACUAAGUUUGUUCUGGGUAUAAGCUUUCGUGUGCAUGCACGAAAUUUGUGUAUCUGAAGAAGUGUGCAUGCACACGAAAGCUUAUACCCAGAACAAAGUUAGUUCAUCUCUAGGGUGUUACUGGACAUUUAAUUUUUUUUUAUAUUUAGUUCAUGUGUAUAAAUAAGGCACAUGUGCUAGGCUUUGACAUUUUAUUCUUCAAAACAUGAGCCUAUUCCCACCCCCACACCCCCUGUUGAAACAGAAAUGUGAAAGUAUUCCUCUUUAAGGCAAUGUUUGACAUUAAAAUAUUGUUCUGUCCCCAGCUUUUCAGCAGGUUGUGUCGCGUUGCCAGCUCUAAUUAAUAUAAAAGCUGUGAUUGAACAGAGACAGUGCACUGGGGUUUGGAAUCAGAAAGAUGAACUACCGGUGAGUAGCUUUGUGUAUCCAGUGUCAUCCAAUUAUUGCAACAACUUUGUUCACCGACGAAAGCAAGCUAAGCGUUUCUUUCAUUAUGCAGUGCGGUGAUGUUAAUUUACUUAGAAGGAAUGUUUUGAGCUCCUGGGAGUAACUUGCUGAUUAAUAAAUAAUAAUAAUAAAGUAUUCCUGUGAUGGGACGCGGGUGGUGCUGUGGGUUAAACCACAGAGCCCAGGACUAGCCGAUCAGAAGAUCGGCGGUUCAAAUCCCCGUGAUGAGGUGAGCUCCCGUUGCUCGGUCCCUGCUCCUGCCAACCUAGCAGUUUGAAAGCACGUCAAAGUGCAAGUAGAUAAAUAGGUACCACUCCGGCAGGAAGGUAAACGGCAUUUCCGUGCGCUGCUCUGGUUCGCCAGAAAUGGGUUAGUCAUGUUGGCCACAUGACCUGGAAGCUGUACGCCGGCUCCCUCGGCCAAUAAAGCGAGAUGAGCACCACAACCCCAGAGUCGGUCACGACUGGACCUAAUGGUCAGGGGUCCCUUUACCUUUACCUAUUCCUGUGAUAAGAAGUUUUUCUAAGUUGUUUCUAACAGUGUGAUGGAGUCCUUGUAAUUUAUUUAUUUAUAUCGUGAAAUUUAUAUACCGCUUGAUUGUUAAAAAAACAUCCCCCCAAAAAGCCCCCAACCCUCAAAAGUGGAACUCUCCGCUACUGCCAUGCAUCUAUGACGGUGAUGGCCAAACUUGGCCCUCUAGCUGUUUUGGGACUACAGUUCCCAUCAUCCCUGACCACUGGUCCUGUUAGCUAGGGAUGAUGGGAGUUGUAGUCCCAAAACAGCUGGAGGGCCGAGUUUGGCCAUCACGGACUAUGAUGAAGAACUCUUUUUAUACUACUGCGAGACUUCCCUCCAAUGCUUUAUUGGGAUUUUAAUUGUGGCAGGGCAACAUAGAACAGCUAUGGAUAUUUCCCAGUGAAGAUGCUCAUAGCUAGCAAGUGUAAGCCAUUGAUAUAAAUGAAAUUAGAAAUGCUGGUGUGGAUUUGUUUUAGUAUUUUAACUUCUUGUAUAUUUUAAAGUAUUGUAUUUUUCCCCCUUGAUUUUUCUUGUGUUUAUCCACUUUCGAGGUUUCUUUCUUUCUUUUUGCGGUCAAGCAGUGUAUAAAUGUUAUUGAAUAAACUAGGUGGUGACAGUGUUUUGCUUUCGUACAGAUCGAAGUGGACCUUGGUAAAAAGUGUUGGUAUCAUUCAAUAUUUGCCUGCCCCAUCCUUCGUCAGCAAACGACAGACAAUAACCCACCUAUGAAGUUGGUUUGCGGUCAUAUUAUAUCGAGAGAUGCUCUAAAUAAAAUGUUUAACGGCAGCAAGUAAGUACUGUUCUUACUUAUUUGAUACUGAAUAUGUAGUUUGGGAGAUGAAGUAUGGAAUGGGCAAUAUCUGGUUUUCAGCUUCACAAUAUACAACCAGCUAAACAUUGCAAUACAGUGGUACCUCGGGUUACAUAUGUUUCAGGUUACAUACGCUUCAGGUUACAGACUGCUAACCCAGAAAUAGUACCUCGGGUUAAGAACUUUGCUUCAGGAUGAGAACAGAAAUCGUGCUCCGGCAGCGCAGCGGCAGCAGGAGGCCCCAUUAGCUAAAGUGGUGCUUCAGGUUAAGAAUAGUUUCAGGUUAAGAACGGACCUCCGGAACGAAUUACAAUGGUACCUCUGGUUACGUACUUAAUGCGUUCUGGAGGUCCGUUCUUAACCUGAAGCACCACUUUAGCUAAUGGGGCCUCCCACUGCCACCGCGCAGCCGUCGUGCGAUUUCUGUUCUCAUCCUGAAGCAAAGUUCUUAACCCGAGGUACUAUUUCUGGGUUAGCGGAGUCUAUAACCUGAAGCGUAUGUAACCCGAGGUACCACUGUAUACCGGCAUAUCAUGAUGUCUGAAAUCAGAAUGGAACAAUGUAGAGGGGAACAUGGAAUAUGACAAAAAAUAAAUUUCCUACUGAACUUACGUAUUCAUAAUUGCAAGAUGGUUGGAAGCAAGUUUUACCUCUGGCAUCUUUAUAAGGUUACGUUGCCUGGUUUUUGUAGACCAUGAAUGAGACCUUAGAUAUUGGAUAGCUUGAGGAAGAUGGCGACCCACAUCUGUGUGGCAGCUGUGAGCAAAGCAAAUUCCACACUAGGGACAAAUACCACAACAGGGAUAUUCAAACCUGACAUGCAACCACGCUUGGGAUGCUGUGUACAUUUCUGGAUGCCUCAGCCUCAAAAAGGAUAUUCUAGAGCUAGGAGGUUCAGAAAAGGGCAACCAAAGUUAUCAAAGGGCAACACCCCAAUGAAGAAAGGUUACAACAUUUGGAGGUUUUUUAAGUUCACAAUAAAGCGGGACAUUAUAGAAAUGCGUAAGACUAUGCAGGGAAAUUGACUACCACAAGAAGUAGCGAUGUCCACCUGCUUGGACCCUCGUACCUACGGGACAGCCUCUCCCGGUACGCCCCACGGAGGACCUUAAGGUCCAUAAAUAGCAACAUCCUAGAGGUCCCGGGCCCUAAGGAAGUUAGAUUAGCCUCAACCCAGAGCCAGGGCCUUUUGAACACUGGCUCCGGCCUGGUGGAACGCUCUGUCUCAUGAGACCAGGACCCUGCAGGAUCUGAUCUCUUUCCGCAGGGCCUGUAAGUUGUUGUUCCACCUGGCCUUUGGCUUGGAGUCAAUUUGAUUCCCUCCCCCUCUCCCCCCCCUUUCUCCUCCCAUGAUGAGGCUGCAUUUUAAUGUUUUAAUGUUGUAUUUUAAUCUCAUUUUUAAAGUUGUAUUUCAGUCAACUUGCUUUUAUUAUUGGUUGUUGGCCGCCCUGAGCCCGGCCUUGGCUGGGGAGGGCGGGGUAUAAAUAAAAUUUAUUAUUAUUAAAGAGAGGAAUAGACAAAUUCAUGACGAUCAUGUUCUGUCUCCAUUGUCAGCCACAGAAUGCCUCCGAACACCAGGUGCUGGGAGUUACUGAAUGUUGCAUUUAGGUUCUUUUUGUGAAUUUCCCGCGGGCAACCGGUUGGCUAUUGUGACGACAGGAUACUGAAGUUGGCGGGCCUUUAGCCUGAGCCAGCAGGACUCUUCUCUGCUCUUACGUUCUGUAACAAAUUAACGUUUUCUUUGUUUUCAGAUUAAAAUGUCCCUAUUGUCCCAUGGAACAGAGUCCUGGAGAUGCCAAACAGAUAUUCUUCUGAGGACACAAUUCGCUAUGUAGUUUUAUCUGUGUGUUUUGGAAGACGGAAGCAGACAAAGGCUCCAUUUUAUGCUGUACAGGCUGAAGAGGACUCCUGUGUCUUGUAUAAGCCUCAUGCUCCAGAAAUUUUUGCCACAUUUAGUGCAGACAUACAGAUUGGGAAAAAAGCUGCAGAAGUAAUAUCUGUUAUAGGGCUUCUACUCUUAACCUUGGUCUCCAUAUCCGAUCAAGAUACGACACCAGCAGUUGUCAUUCAAUGCAGGUUUUUGUACUUAAUUGUAUGGUGACUUCUCUUUUUAAAAGCAGACACCAACCACAAGCAUCAUAUAGGCCUAAUAUUUGCCCUGCUUUUAUCACCCUGUUAGAUGAACGUCGCCAUAAGGAAUGUGUGGGGGAAAGUUUUUAUUUCCUUAGUGUGUAAAUAAUUCAAAGAGAACUUUGGAAAAAGGUUUGAUAAAUUGAAUAGUGGUUAUAGACAUACCUGUAUUUCUGUUCUUAACUGGUUUAUCCCAACCCAAAGCUGUGAUAUUUUUUGGUUGAGCGUUUUUUUCCCCUUUCAGCUUUUAAACAGAACUCCAAAUGAAUGUGCUUAUAUAUAUAUAUAAACUACAUGAAUAUAUAACAGAGUUCAAAACCAUUUCUGAUUUAGAAAUCACUUCUGAUUUCCUGACUGAGAGCUCUUUGUGUAGCUGCGAGUAUUCAAUAAAUGUAACUCUGGACUGGAAAGAAGCCUUUGUCAAUGGAUACUUGCUCUCCAGCUUUUUUUAGUCUUAUAACCUAAGCUUUGUACUUAACGUUCGUGUCAUGUUGCUGUACAGUUUACUAGACAUGAUAAGCUACAUUAUUUAUAAAGUUAUCAGAACCAAAUAAACUGUUGACAAUGUUCAUAGUUGAGACGGGGGAAAGGACAUCUUCCAGUAAUCGUAAAUAACUCUGUGGCCUGUUGAUCACAGGAUUGGGCCUCCAUCCUGUUAGUAACUAAUAUGUCUUCUGCAGUAAAGAGCAUUGUGCUUGUGACUGUUCCCUGACAGCUAAUACUACUUUUCUUCUUAAAUUUAGUAAAUCUAGGUGAGACACUUGACCUAGUUUGACUUUAGUCCCUAGAGAAUCCUCAGAAUUGUAGUCUGGCAGGGGAGCCACCAGGAGGAAUGUCUAAUGUUUGGAGUAUUGUUGCCGGCUUACAUUGCUUUGGAUUCUCCUGGGAAAGCUACACUAGAUUAACUAACACAUGUUUCUACAGAUACAGAUUAUAUCCGAAGUGACUAUGCACUUCUAAGCUAGAUGCACACUGUGACAAAUUUCUCGUGCGCAUUUGUUACAUUGUCCUGCAAUAGGACAAAGGAGCUCCCUGACAGUAGAUGAAAUAAUAGAUUUAUUUGCUGUGUGACUUAAAAGCAGGCCUGGCCCACCCGUUAGUCAAGGUGAGCCCUUUGCCUUGGAUCCUAGAUUGGGGGAGACAGUGGAACAGUGCUUUGCAGCCCAUCCAUCGCUGCUUCCACCCACCUGCAGAGCUGUCUGGCAGGCUGACCACGGCUGCCACUACUACCAUUGGCAAGCCAGCUGCCAUCUCUGGCUCCGUGGCUGAUGGCUAGGGCUCUGCCACUUUGCCAAUAUUUAACAGUGGGGCUGUUUGGGUUGCCAAUGCUUUGAUGUGAGGAAGCGGGUCCUGAAAGCAAGUCCUUUGUGGGCGAGGUAACCCCAGAGAACACCUGCUUCAAGUGUCAGAAUUAUUACGGUAAAAUUUCAGGCAGAAUCGCUGCUGCAAAAGCAGUAGCGUUUACAGGUGAUCUCCAGGGCUCACUCCAAGGAAGGGCCUUCUGUUUUUUGGAGGAAGGCAUGGGCAAGGUGACCCCAAAGGGAAUUAGGAGUCCCCAUAUGAAAUACUAAGUAGGAGGUGGAGGCAGAGGAGGCUGGUAUAUGAAGAGGUGGCAGUAUUAUCUGCUUUGCUUGGGCAGCACAAUGCUUUGUGCUGGAUCCGUUUCAAAGCACCAAACUUUGGUUGGCUACUAAGAUACGAGAAAUGCACUAGCACAAUGCACUACACAGAAGAAUGUUGAAAAAGAUUUUUCAUGUGCUUUUGGCUUUGGGCCCUAGCGAAGGGCCAAUACCAUUGCAGAUACAUUAAGGCAAGCUGAUUUUACUCACGCAGAAAAACCAGAGGAAGGAAAAGACGCCACCGCGUUACCUUUUAAUAAGCGACUUCUAUCCAUAUUGCACUCCUAAGGGAAACUGAUGACAAUAACGACAGCGGUAAUAUUUUCUGUGCAGGUUUAUCGUCUCAGUGAAAUUGCUUUUAACAUGGAAGGGAAUUGCAUAUUUGUGGACCUCAGCAUACUAAAUGCAUAUGUGUACUCAAAGUGAUGUAAACUUUGAAAACGGCAGCGUACGGUCUAUCCAGGUUGAAUUGUGUAAUGCGAGAAUAUCUGUGGACCUACACACAUGUGUAGGGCCCAUCAAUUUCAGUGGGAUUUGGGUGUACCUAAGUUGUUGGGCUUACAGCCAACAAUGUCUGCUUCAUCCUCCCCUCCCCAAAGCCCAUGUUGGUUGCCUGCCAUAUACAUAAGACUAUAACGACUGACGUCUUCAUACCAAAAUGUAAUGACUGACAUGAUUUUAGUGCAUCCCAGGUGAUGGUGAGGUUUGCUCUCCCUCAAAUCAGCAAAGAGCAUGGGUUGUGUGAGAAGCUAUUGAUCUAUGUGAUUGCAAUAGCUCUUUGCCAUUUCUUAAGCUGGUCCAUCUUGCCCAGUAUUGGGAUCGACUGGAAUAGAAAAAAUAGUUUUGGCAGAACGCUCAUUUUUAUGACUGAGAUUCUUCCUGUAAAGGAUAGUUUAAGUCUGGCCCAACUACCCAAAUUUCUUUUCAUCUCCUCCCAGGUUCUUACAUAAUUAUCAUGAAAUAGGUUAAUAUUCUUUGAAGUUAGCCAGACGGCCAAGUAUUUUGCUUUUGGGCAGAUUUUCAAACCAAACAUUUUUUCCCAGUUCUUCUUUUUCUUGGUUUGAUAUGUUCUUAACCAGUAGUUUUGUUUUUAUUUUAUUUUAUUUGAAUCCAGCUACUUCAAUGUGAUUGCUUGUACGUUUCUAAUAAUUCAUGGAAACUCAUGAAUGAGAUGUUUUGGGUUUCCUGCAUAGCGCACGCAAAUAACCCCUCGUCUACUUGCUCUGUUGUAUCCAGUGAGGAGGAGGACUUGAGCCUUUUUCUUCUUUCAAGAUUAGCAAAUGGCUUCACUUUCGGCGAUUUUGAAAAUGAGACUCUAUAAUAGCAUCUUGUUAACUGUAGGAGAAGCAGAAGUGGCCACAACCACAACCCUGGCUGGUUUGUGAGAGCUGAAUUUCAGGGCACCAUAGUGUAGUUUCUACACCUUUAAUUUUGCCAGCCCAGCCCAGCCCACCCCCCAAAUAUUCCCAAGAAUAGUAGCCAUUACACAUAAAGGUUUUAUUUUGCAAACAUUUCCUCCUUACUCUGAGGGAGAGCAAAGCCUGAGGGCGUUCAUUAGAACUGACAGCAUAUAGAGCAAUAUGGAGCUGGUAUGCUCAAGAAAGCGAUCGUGAAAACGAUGCAAAUGGACAUGUUAAAUGUGUGCAACAUGUUCCAGCGAAUUGUUGCGUGCUUUUCUAGACACUGUAUCACAGAUAAAAUUCUUUUCUGUGUUCGGCAUGGAUAAAGAUUCUAUUAUGGCAGCUCCCUGCUUAUCGUGAGAAAGAUGUAAAUCAUACCCAAAUGAAUGCAUGGGGUGAGAAAUGGGUAGAGCCUUCUAGGCUUAACUAUAUUUACAGAUGAUGUAUAUUGUUACACUGUUACUGGUAAUGAGUAAAAAAAAAAGUUUGCUAAA